AAUUAAAUAUUGAAGAGUAAUUUAAUUCGUUCGAUCUGCUUCCUGUGCUUCCCCUUCUCUGCGGUUGCUAGGGUUUCGUCGUCGUGAUCGUGAUGGAGGACACGAAGCCGAGGAAAGAGUCUCGGCGGAGCAAGGAGGAGAGGAGCGGCGACCGGCACCGCGAAAGGGACAGGGACACGGACAAAUACCGGGACCGGGAGGAUCGCGAGAGCCGGCGUUCCGAUCUGGAACGCAGCGUCGAUGACAAGGAACACAGGCAUCGUGACAAGCACCGGGAAUCUCGUCAUCUCAGGGAGAGGGAGAAGGAGCGUGCCAAGGAGAGAACCAAAGAUCGGGAAGAGAGGGAUAGGGAUAAAGAAGAAAGGGAAAGGGAGAAGGAGGAGAGAACGAGGGAGAAAGAGGAGAGGGAUAGGGAGCGGGAAAAAGAGAAGGCCAGGGAGCGGGAGGAUCGAGAAAGGGAGAGGGAGAGAAAGAGGGAGGAGAGAGAGCGAGAUAGGGAGGAGAGGGAGAAGGAAAGAGAAAGAGAGAAGGAGAGAGCCAGGGAGAAGCGGAGGGCUCUGGACAGCGACGAGGAAGAGUAUGAACGGAAGCGGCGGCGGAGGGAGAGCUCUCAUGACCGUGAUCGGGAGAGGAGCAGCCACAGACACGGGGAGGGCAGCGAGGAUAGUAGGCGGAGCCGGGCCACGGACAAAGAGUCUGAUGUUAAGGAAACAAAGACCCGUGAGGAGGUACUUGAAGAGGAGCAGCGGAAAUUGGAUGAAGAAAUAGACAAGCGGCGACGGAGAGUCCAAGAGUGGCAGGAGAUGCGGAGGAAGAAGGAAGAGGAAGAGAGGGAGAAGAUGGGCUCUGAGAAUGGCAAAGAGGAUGAAGCCAUGUUGGGAAAGAAUUGGACUUUGGAAGGAGAGUCUGAUGAUGAGGACGCUCCUCCAAAGUCUGAUAAAGAUAUAUCUGUUGAUGGAGAUGGUCUCAAGCUGAAAGAUGGGAGCGAUAAUGAUGCUAUGGACGCCAUGGACGAGGAUGCUGCGAAUGGACAUAUUGGUACUAAGGAUUCUGAAGGAGGAAAUGAUGAUGACGAAGAUGAAAUUGAUCCACUUGAUGCUUUCAUGAACUCUAUGGUGCUUCCAGAAGUCGAGAAGCUGCAGAGUGCUGAGAUAGCUGCCAAGCCCCAUGAAAAGAAAGGUAUCAUGACAAAAGCUUCUAAGGAAGCAUUUAGUAAUGGUGAUCGGUUAAGAAAAGGUGAGAAGAAUGCAAUGGGUAGGAUAAUUCCUGGUGAGGAUUCUGAUUCUGACUAUGAGGAUCCUGAGAAUGAGGAGGUUGCUCUUGAAGAUGAAGAUGAUGAAGAGUUCAUGAAAAGAGUGAAGAAGACAAAGGCAGAAAAGCUUUCUAUUGUUGAUCACUCAAAGAUACAAUAUCCACCGUUCAGGAAAAAUUUGUACAUAGAAUUGAAGGAGAUCGCUAGGAUGUCAACUGAGGAGGUUUCAGCCUAUCGGAAGCAGCUUGAAUUGAAGAUACAUGGGAAGGACGUGCCCAAGCCUAUAAAAACUUGGAGUCAAGCUGGACUGGGUACCAAAAUUCUUGAUACAAUCAAGAAACUAAGCUUUGAAAAGCCUAUGUCUAUUCAAGCCCAAGCUCUCCCCAUCAUUAUGAGCGGACGAGACUGCAUAGGAAUUGCAAAAACUGGUUCAGGUAAGACACUAGCUUUUGUUUUGCCAAUGCUCAGGCAUAUCAAAGACCAACCUGAGGUGGUGUCUGGUGAGGGCCCUGUUGGACUCGUCAUGGCUCCUACCAGGGAGCUUGUUCAACAGAUUCAUAAUGACAUCAAGAAAUUUGCAAAGCCACUAAACAUCAACUGUGUGCCAGUCUAUGGAGGUUCAGGUGUUGCUCAGCAGAUCAGUGAGCUCAAGCGAGGGACUGAGAUUGUCGUCUGCACUCCUGGUCGAAUGAUAGAUAUACUUUGCACAAGUGGUGGGAAAAUUACUAACCUACGUAGGGUGACCUUUUUGGUAAUGGAUGAAGCCGAUAGAAUGUUUGACAUGGGCUUUGAGCCUCAAAUCACCAGGAUAAUCCAGAAUACAAGGCCAGAUCGCCAAACAGUUCUUUUUUCAGCUACAUUUCCUCGCCAAGUGGAAAUAUUAGCUCGCAAGGUGUUGAACAAGCCUGUUGAGAUCCAAGUUGGUGGAAGAAGUGUGGUUAACAAAGAUAUAACUCAACUAGUUGAGGUCAGACCAGAAAGUGACAGGUUUUUACGAUUGCUAGAAAUCCUCGGCGAAUGGUAUGAGAAGGGGAAGAUUCUUGUUUUUGUUCAUUCUCAAGAUAAAUGUGAUGCUCUCUUUAGGGAUUUACUUAAGCAUAGUUAUCCUUGUCUAUCCCUUCAUGGUGCUAAAGAUCAGACUGACCGUGAAUCUACAAUAUCUGAUUUUAAAAAUAACGUCUGCAACUUGUUGAUUGCUACAAGUAUUGCAGCUAGAGGUUUGGAUGUGAAAGAGCUUGAGCUAGUUGUGAACUUUGACGUUCCAAAUCACUAUGAAGACUAUGUUCACCGUGUUGGCCGAACUGGACGAGCUGGGCGAAAAGGAUGUGCUAUCACAUUCAUUUCACUGGAAGAUGAACGCUAUGCUCCAGAUUUAGUGAAAGCCUUGGAACUUUCAGAACAAGCUGUUCCAGCAGAUCUGAAGGCAUUAGCUAAUGCCUUCAUGGCAAAAGUGAACCAGGGAACAGAGCAAGCUCAUGGAACUGGUUAUGGAGGAAGUGGUUUUAAAUUUAAUGAAGAGGAGGAUGAAGCAAGGAAAGCUGCUAAGAAAGCUCAAGCAAGAGAAUAUGGGUUUGAGGAAGAUAAAUCUGAUUCAGACUCUGAGGAUGAAGGGAUCAGAAAGGCUGGUGGUGAUCUGUCACAAGCUGUAGUUUCUGCCCAUGUUGCAGCAUUAGCUGCAGUUUCGAAGGCUGCAAAUACCUCAAUGCCUACCCAGGUUGUCACCCCAUUGCCAUUUACUGCUGCCCUACCUUCUGCAAAUCUUUCCAAUGUAGCUGCUCUGUCUGCUGUUCCCCCUGUCACUGCUUUGCCUGGUGAGGCUGCUGCUAGAGCGACUGCAAUAGCUGCUGCUUUAAAUUUGAAGCACAAUUUGGCAAAGAUACAAGCUGAAGCUAUGCCUGAGCACUAUGAAGCUGAGUUGGAGAUUAAUGAUUUCCCACAGAAUGCUCGGUGGAAGAUAACACACAAAGAGACAUUAUGGCCAAUUUCCGAAUGGACAGGAGCUGCAAUUACUACUAGGGGUCAAUACUUUCCACCAGGAAAGAUUGUUGGUCCUGGAGAACGCAAACUCUACUUGUUUAUUGAAGGUCCCACUGAGUCUUCAGUUAAGAAAGCUAAAGCUGAGGUGAAAAGAGUUCUUGAAGAUUACACAGCUCAAGCUUUGAAUCUUUCUGGUGCUUCCCAGCCGGGCAAGUAUUCUGUAAUUUGACAACCAUGUUCGUUAUUAUCUAUCUUGAAUGAAGUUGGUGGGCCGAUUGUGCUUAGGAUUCUGCUUCCUCUUAUGAAUUUUGCUAGCAUUUCGUUUAGACAUGUACGGUAUAUUUAUUCGGCUGUUAUCUUGAACAUGUCUGAUUUUCUCAUGGUAUACCACCAUCUUCCUUUUGGGGACUUGGUUUUUCAUACUGUUAUUUUGCUCAAGCUACUAUACAUCACAUGUAAUUAAUCUCUCAUCAAUCCAUUUCUUGCUUAUGGGAAACCUUUGUUAGCUGCCUAUUGUGCUAAGGAUCAAUUGUUGCUGGUACUUUAGCUUGAUAUCAGUUUUGUUAUGUUGGCAAUCCACCUUUAAAGGCUGUCUCCAUAUUUUGUAAAAACUUGAUGCAUUUAAUCUUGGUAGCUUUUCUUUGUUACUUCUUUGAUGUCCUUCAACCUAGUUGCUGUAAGGUUUUAGAUGGAAUUUUCUUUUUUGACGGUCUAAGCCAAAAUAUUUAGGUCUUAUAAAUCAUCUCAAUUAGCCACUCUUUUCUUGGGAACUGAUUUGACAUGACUGGAUAACCAAAUAAGUAAAAUAAAUAAAGAAGAAUAUAUCUCAGAGUUGGUGCGUUGUUUGUUAAUUUGUGACUAGUUGACAUUAAAAUCUAUAGUCGGUUGGGUUUUAUAAUGCAGGUUAUUUUUUGGCAUAGCUGAUACAUUGUAUUUCCACAAUGACUACUUUGUUGAGGAGGAAUUAAAUAUUAUUCUUUUAUAUUCUUUGUCAUUCUCCUUUGUGUUUGAGCUUCAUGAAGAGUGUUCUUUGGAAGAGUUCAAUCAAUGCUUGCAAAUAUAUCAGGAAGGAAGAAUCUGGCGCUAAACUCAACUACACUUAAAUAACUGAUUGUUAUUAUUUCUCUAUCUUGAUGCUUGCUUUUAACAAAUAGCUUGCUCUUGAUUGAUUUGGAUGCCUCUUCAUGACUCUUCCCCUUUUGAUUAUAAUUUGUUUUCCUUUAUUGGCAUGAGGAUGUCCUGUGCUUUCUGCUUGCACUUUUUCAUGGCUGAUCCUGCGUUUGCACUCAGCAAGUGAUGAUGGCUGACAUUGACAUCCAAUUUGGUUUCUAUGGGAAUUGUAAGAAUUUUAUGAUUCUCCAAGCACACUCAGUUGUUAGCUUGUUGCCCUCUUGCUUAUGAUAUUGGAAUUUAAUAUCUGUUGGUUUAAUCUGUUAUGUUUUUCUGUUGGUUUGAUGUUUAGAGGUUACAAAUGUAACACUCAUCAAACUGAAAUUUUAGAUUGUGGUAUGAUAUUUUGCACCUUUUACCACACGCAUUUGGUAAUUCUGAUUCUCCAAAUUUCUUCAAAGCUUGAGCAUUGAGCAAUA